AUGGCAUCAAGGCCACGUUUGUAUGCUCGUAGUCGAGCUCAUAAAACAAAACCUCCUGUUUCAUCUUCAUGUAAACCAGAUGUUCUCGUUCUUCUUGACGAUGAAGCUGAUUCCAAUUUGAUUAUCAAUGGUCUAAGUAAGAAGCCAAUACUUUGUCAAGUAAUCAUAUUAUUGGACGUCAAUGCUCUGAAUCAAUAUUAUCGAUCGCAUGAUAAUAAUGGUAAUUGUGACAAAUGGGUUUAUCUUAUUAGAUCAGAUUCGUUUAUAGAACAAAUUAAUGAAUUAGCUAACGCAAAUGAUAAUUUUUAUUCAAUUUCUACUUCUGAUUAUACUCUUGCUUUAGAAGGAGUUUGUUGUGUAUUCGAUGAAGAAUUUAGACUUUUUCAUGAUGAAGAACGACUUGUAAAGGCAUUAAGAGAUCAUCUCAACUCAUUUCUUACACUAGAUGAUGUCGAAUUAUCAAGUCAAAGUGUCUCGUUACAGACACCACGCUUUGCUUGGUUUCAAUUUAUGUUUACGUUACUUUCAGACCUUGAACGAUCUGAUAUAGGCAUGCAAGAAGUUAUUCAUAAGCUACAUAUUGAUUAUCGAUCUCAACCAGACAUUAUUGAAGAAUUUAUCCAAACAUAUUCAUCCGAAAAGGCUAUGGAAUGUCAUCGAACAAUCAUUCGCGAUGUAGAACAAAAUCUUAUUUCAUGGCAUUAUGAUCAAAAGCAAAUCUGGGAUUUUUUCUUACCUAUGAAUGUUUAUCGUGGUCAAAAGACUUCAAAACAAGAGCUUCAAUCGUGGCAAUCUAAUAUUGGCACUAUUAUAGCAAUGACAUCAUUUCUUUCAACAAGUAUGGAUAGAAAGAUUGCUAAUUGUUUUGCGGAAACAUUUGAUAAUGAUGAUAAUGAUGACGAGGCUACAUUAUUUACCAUUUGGGUGGAUAAAAAUAUAGCACCAAAAGCUUUUUUCGCUUAUUUAUAUCAUGCUGAUUGUGAACCUGAUGAUCAUGAAAUUAUACUUUCUCUUCGCACGCUACUUCGUAUUGAUAAAGUUGAAUAUGAUGAUUCUGAGGAAACAUGGUAUGUUAACAUGACAGUUGUUGAUGAAAGUAAUGAAGAAGUACAAAGAGUACUAACACCAUGGAAAACAUCAAUUUUAAAAGAAAAGAAUUCCUUUCAAUCUGCCACUAAGCCACUUAUUUAUGUACGUGAUUUAUCAGCUGAUAAUGAAGCUUUUCUUUCUUUUCAGCUCGCACUUGAUAUAAUACUUCGACUAGAUCGUAAUGAUUUUGCUCGUCAAGAAAUGCUUUCAAUGUGUCGCACAAAAUUUAGUCAUGAUCGCUUUACACAAGCGAAAAUUGAUCGAUUUGAAAUGACCUAUAAAUCUCAACAACACUCAGCGAAAUAG